AUGACGACCGAAGCCCAACCACGCCUUGAUGGCGUCAACACAAAAAGCACACGGACUCUCUUGAGAGUUGUCAUUCUUCUUUUCAUCGCCGGCGCUGCCAUCUCAAGUCGACUGUUCUCGGUGAUUCUCGACCCCUGGUUCAACUUCCGAGCGACCAAGUAUCUUGUUGCGAACGGAUUCUACAAGUUCUGGGACUGGUUCGAUGACCGAACCUGGCAUCCUCUUGGCCGCGUCACGGGAGGUACUCUGUACCCAGGUCUCAUGGUUACCAGCGGCGCCAUCUACCACGCCCUCAAGGCCCUGACUAUUCCCGUGGAUAUUCGUAACAUCUGUGUUCUGCUUGCUCCCGCUUUCUCCGGGCUUACGGCCUACGCAUCAUACCUUCUAACCAAUGAGAUGACCACGUCUCCAUCUGCUGGACUUCUUUCUGCUGUAUUCAUGGGCAUAGCGCCCGGCUACAUCUCACGAUCGGUCGCCGGAAGUUACGACAACGAGGCCAUCGCCAUUUUCCUUCUCGUCUUCACCUUCUACCUGUGGAUCAAGGCCUUGAAGCUGGGCUCUAUGCUCUGGGGCGCUCUGUGCGCUCUGUUUUACGGCUACAUGGUGGCAUCGUGGGGUGGUUACGCCUUCAUCACCUGUCUUUUGCCCCUCCAUGCCUUUGUUCUUAUCUGCAUGGGACGCUACAGCACUCGCCUUUACGUCAGCUAUACCACAUGGUAUGCUCUGGGAACCAUUGCCAGCAUGCAAAUUCCCUUUGUUGGUUUCCUCCCGGUGAAAACCAGCGAGCACAUGCCCGCGCUAGGCAUCUUCGGCUUCCUCCAGUUGAUUGCCUUCAUUGAAUAUGUACGAUCUGCCAUUCCUAGCCGCCAGUUCCAGACCUUCCUUGUUACCAUCCUUGUCGCCACCUUUGGUGUUGGCUUGAUUGCUCUGGUUGGUCUAACCUCCCUCGGUUAUAUCGCGCCAUGGAAUGGUCGCUUCUACUCCCUCUGGGAUACCGGCUAUGCCAAGAUUCAUAUUCCUAUCAUUGCCUCUGUAUCCGAGCAUCAGCCUACUGCCUGGCCCGCUUUCUUCUUUGAUCUCAAUUUCCUCAUAUGGCUCUUCCCCGCCGGUGUCUACAUGUGCUUUCAAGAUCUCCGCGAUGAGCAUGUCUUCGUUAUCGUCUACGCUUUGUUCGGCAGCUACUUCGCGGGCGUCAUGGUUCGGCUGAUGCUCACUCUGACCCCUAUUGUCUGCGUUGCCGCGGCCAUUGCCUUGUCGAGCCUGCUCGAUACCUAUAUUUCCGCCAAGUCCCCUGACCCCAAGGAAGUGGAGAGUGCUACCGAAGCAGCCUCCAAGAAGCCAGCGAAGCCCAUGGCUGGUCUCAGAGGCAGCGAGAAGCCAAACGUCGGCAUUUUCCACCCAUCAUCCAAGUUUGUCGUCGUGGCCUCUGUCAUUGUGUACCUUCUCAUGUUUGUUACGCACUGCACUUGGGUCACAUCCAACGCCUACUCCUCUCCUUCGGUUGUCUUGGCAAGCCGACUGCCGGAUGGAAGCCAGCACAUUAUUGAUGAUUACCGAGAGGCGUACCAGUGGCUGCGACAGAACACCAAGAAGGAUGCCAAAAUCAUGUCUUGGUGGGAUUACGGCUACCAAAUUGGUGGUAUGGCCGACCGUCCCACGCUUGUUGACAACAACACGUGGAACAAUACCCAUAUCGCGACUGUUGGCAAAGCCAUGAGCUCAAGGGAAGAAGUUAGCUAUCCUAUCAUGCGACAGCACGAAGUUGACUAUGUUCUUGUCGUCUUUGGUGCCCUCCUGGGCUACUCUGGUGACGAUAUCAACAAAUUCCUCUGGAUGGUCCGUAUCGCUGAGGGUAUCUGGCCCGAUGAGGUCAAGGAGCGUGAUUUCUUCACGGCCCGUGGCGAGUACCGUGUCGACGGAGAGGCUACUGAGACUAUGAAGAACAGUUUGAUGUACAAAAUGUCAUACUAUAACUACCACUCUAUGUUCCCGCCUGGCCAAGCCGCUGACCGUGUUCGUGGCGUGCGUCUCCCUGACCAAGGCCCAGUCCUCAACACUCUGGAGGAGGCUUUUACCAGUGAAAAUUGGAUCAUCCGAAUCUACAAGGUCAAGGAUCUUGACAACGUUGGACGAGACCACGCCGCUGUUGCAGCAUUUGAAAAGGGACACAAGAAGAAGAAGGCCAGCAAGAAAAGAGGCCCCCGGGUUCUACGGGUAGACUAA